AUGCCCAGCUAUGGCUCCAUCUCGCAAGUAGUCAGCGCUGGCGUCGAGCACGAGCGGCGCGCAAUGAGUCUCGCCGAUCGCUUACACGCCUACGACUUGACGUGGUCGACCAAGCUGUACCAUCGCUUCGGCCGCGAGCGGACGCCGCGUCUCUGCUGGGAGAUUUUCUCCCAUUCGGGCGAUGGCUUUCUGUGGAUCCUCACAAUUCCACCAGUUACUGGAGUCCUAUGGGCUUCUGGUCUUAUCGGACCAUUUGACACUGCCACGAAAGUACUGUUAUCAGUGCUUUCGACUGUCAUGGUAGUGGACAUUCUUGCCAUUAUGCUACUCAAGGCGAUUUUCCGCCGUCAACGACCACCAUUUCACCAAGUGGACGUACGCUUUGUCGGUCCCGAUCAACACUCGUUUCCUUCGGGACACUCGACGCGGGUGUGGGCUAUGGUGGCUAUGCUCGUCUACUUAUCUAAGACGCACCCCUGGAUUCUACACAAGUUUGGCUUCGGUCUAUCUCCGGCUGCAGUGGUUGGGGCUUCCAUUGUCUGGGCGCUGAUCAUCAACUUCUCGCGCGUAGCACUUGGCCGCCACUACCCAACCGACGUGCUCGCUGGAACACUUAUUGGGUACUUCGUCUUCUGGCCGAUUUCGCUGUUCCUUGUCAAGUACUCGGGUCUGCUGGACAUGUUUCUCCCGCUGUACUAA